ACCCCUGAAAUGUAAACAUUCAAGAUGGCUGCUCCGUCAGGCUCGCAGAGCAGCAGCGAUGACCUGCUUCUCUACCACUGCGAUGGGUCUUUCUUUUCCAUGAAGGUCCGCUUAGCCCUGGCUGUGAAGGGACUCUCCUUCAAGAAACGAACGGUUUUCUUCCCCAUACAAGAGAACUUCGAGCCGUGGUACAUGCGUCUGGACCCAGCCGGCUUGGUCCCGUUACUUGUACACAACGGCAAAGUUAUCAGCGAGUCUACACGGAUUGUAGACUACGUGGAUACUGUGUUUCACGACAGGGGACCUCGGCUUGCUCCCCCCGUGGACACGGACCUCGGUCGUCGUGUACGUCACUUCCGGGACCUGUUGGACGGCCUUCCGGUGGAGCUGUAUAGCUACGGGACAAUCUACCAUCCCGACCUGGCUAAAGAUUCUUCGCUUCCCGAGAUAUUGCGCAGGAAAGCUCGCAAAUUUCUCAGCCCAUCCACCGCCCAGCGCCUACACGACCUGGCUGCCAUGCACCCUGACCUGGCGGAGGCGUACACCAGGAAGGCUAACAAGGUCGCAGAGAGAACCCGGGACCGGGAGGACCGAGGACUCAUCGAGAAACUCCUAGACGAGCUGGAGGUGGCCUUGGAUGAAGUGGAGAAGCAGCUGGGAGAAAGGAAAAAGGAAAAGGAUGCUUCAGGACAACAGCAGUGGCUGUGUGGCGAGUCCUUCACAGCCGCUGACGUCAUGCUGUCCUGUCUCGUCCACCGACUCAAGUGGGUGGGGCUGUCCCACCGGUCCACACUGAAGCGCCCCCUGUUGGAUGCCUACUACCUGCAGGCCCAGAAGUUUCCCCCGUUUAAGGCCGAAGUGAUGUACACGACUAGCGUGCCGUACAUGUUCGUGCGGAACCUCCCCGGGUUGAUUCGCAAGACAGCGGGCCCAAAGCUCGUGGUGUGGGCGGCUAUGAUAGUUACAGUAGCUGCGGUUUCUGCUGUGGCGCUCAAAUAUUAGCUUAUCAUGUGUCAUGUGGAGUUCAACAUUGUAUUUCCUAAACACGGAAAAUAUCGUCAGUUUACCGUGGUAUGCCUGCUUUUAUUGGCAACCGUUUUCUGACAGUCCUGCAAGAUUGGUCAUUGUCUCAAUUAGGUAUAUCUUUUGAUUGUAGAAUUGGUCGGCAUUUCGAGCUUCCAUGUACCUAGUUUUAUAAAGACACAAAACAAAAUAGUAGACUGCUUAUUUUCUACUAAGUGAGUGGUGAUGAGAAUUUAAGUGAGCAUUUGGUCUGUUGGUUAU